AUGCCAAGGCCAUACCCUAGUAUCCCAGCAAACCCAAGAGCAUGUUCGGAUCUCAAGGAAUUCCUUCGGCCACUUUAUACAGAAGUCGAUACGCUAUAUAAGCUAUCUUGUCGCCUCUCUUUGUCAUAUCAGAAGUUAGCUUCAACCUCAUUAGACGAGUUUUUCCCCACGGCAAUCACAUGUCUUCCCACAGGGCACGAAACGGGCCGCUAUCUAGCGGUCUAUGUUGGUCUAUCGUAUCUAAGAAUCGCCUUUAUCGACCUGUUGGGAGAUCAACAGGUUGAGGGCCACUCACGCGUAAGGCGAACAUUGGAGAAGGCAUGGCCUAUUGAAGAGCACUUGCGACGAGAUCACGCCCUGGACCUGUUCACUUGGAUUGGUGACUGUAUCGCUGAAGUAGUGGCGGAUAGUCUCGCCAAUCCAAGAGAGAAGAUGCCUAGCGAAUUGACUACAGGCAUUUCUCUCUGUUUUCCUGUUAAGCAAAAAUCUCUAGAUGAAGCCAUCUUAAUGCCGACAGGAAAAGGGUUUGCCUUGAAUUCAGACCUGAACCUUCGCCAGGCGUUGCUAAGUGGAUAUGAACGUCACACCCGUCGCCUUGAUGAGGACAAUGGACCAAUGCCAGCUAAGAAACGGAAGCUGUACUGUCUGCCUUCAUUAAAAAUCGCAGUCAUGACCAACGACACCGUGGCGACUCUCGCCUCUCUGGCAUACUUUAUGCCUUCUUUGCCCAACACGCGCGUGGUCAUGGGGCUGAUCGUAGGCGCCGGUUGUAAUGCUACUGUUCCUUUUAGAAUUACUGAUCUGCAUGAGUUAAAGACUCGUCAUAUACGUGCUAGGGAGCCUGAUGCGAUAGAAACGCUAGUUUCUACUGAAUGGACACUUUCUAGUGCGACUGCUCCGUUGCAUGAGCUUGGCAUCACAACUUCGUGGGAUACUGAGCUGGAUAUGCAUUCCCAGCGACCAGGGUUUCAACCAUUCGAGUAUAUGGUCGGUGGGCGAUAUAUCGGUGAAUUGGUCCGAAUCAUCUGUUACGACUGGUUCGAUCGGUCCCUAGGAAUCGCGCGGUCUGCGCUGCCCCUGAAACUAGUCAAGGAAUAUUCUCUCACAACAGAUUUUCUCUCUCUCUUUGUGGCGUCCAAUUACUCCAAUGAACGCCUAGCAAGCGAUCUAUCAAAGCAUUUACCACCUCCCCCAACGAGCAGUUGGAGUUGGACGCCUGAAUUAGCAGGUGAUGUUCGUGCCAUUGCAUCGGCAGUGCAGGACCGAGCUGCUUCUUUGGUGGCUUCUGCAGUUGUUGGCCUUCUCGCCUGCACUCGGGAGAUACAGCUGCGGAGUCCGGACUCUCUAAGCGCCAAGAUCGAUCAGAAUUCGCAUGUUGCACUGAAGGUUACUGAACAAUAUGAAUUACACAGUAGGUUUUCGUCCAAAUCAGGCUGGAAAAACGGACCAGAAGAACUGGCUGUAGCUGUCUCAGGGGGCGUCAUCCAACACUAUCCUCAUUAUAAGGAGACUGUUCAGAGAUAUAUCGAUCGGCUCAUCUUAUGUGCUGGACCGCAGGAAGGAGGUAAAAGCGUUUUCCUUCGCGAGGUCAGCGACGGCGGAAUAAUUGGAAUCGGGGUUCUAGCAGGAACAGCCUCAGGAGAGAUCGGAGAAAUCAUUGGUUCCUCGUUACAAAAAGAGAAUGCUUCUCAUGGCGACCCGAAAACUGAGGAUGAGAACAACCCUUGGACGAGAUAUUGA